AUGCAAGCUCUAUCCUGGCUUGGCAUGCUGCACGUGUUGAGUGGGCAGCAUGCGGCGAAGGCACACAACGACCCAGAUGUAACACAGCAUGGUGGCCCCGCAUGCACGCGAAUCGGCGACGGCGCGGCCGCUGCCGCCGCCGACACCAGUACCGCAUCACCGUACGCCCUCACAGAAGCAGUACACCGUCCUCAUCUGCAAAGGCUUAUUGAUACAACCCAAAAUGCAACACGGGACGCACUGGUCUCUGGCUCUGCACGACCGCAUGGUGGUGUGUUACAAGACUCCGAUGGCGCCGCGGGCGGACACACGCGGAACAACGACCCGUGGGUCAUGGCGCCACAACGAGGGGAACGGCAGUUGCUGCAGCCGCCGUCCCCGCCACUGCCACCGCAGACUGAUCAGCCGUUCCAACUAUUGCAACAUUUUGAUUUCCACGACGACGCAGAAUUCACCUUCCCGUCGGGGACCUUCACGAAGUCCACCGAGCUGCAAUUCCUGCUAAGUCCCCCCCCAUCGCUUAGCGGUCGGAAUGCGGCCUCCUCGCCCCCCUCCCGCCCCCGGGUCAGGGAGGCUCUGCUGCCCGAGCUCGCCUCUCCCCCGGGAACCCCCUUCGUCCUGGAGCCCCUCAGUGCGGCCCCCGUGCCCAGGACGGUGGGUGCGGCAGCGGCGCCUGAUACGGCCCCGCCCUCCCAGCCCCCGGGGGCCCCCUGGCCGCUCAGACCGGAGGCGCCACCCGCAGAGGUGACGACAGCGGAGGCGCUACCCGGCAGCCUUCCGUACACAUCGGCAGCCGUACAGCCGUUACAACUCCCGCCGCAAGGACAGGCCCAGCCUCCACCGCCGCGCCUGCCUCCCUUGUCGUCUUCCGGCUCGUUUGAGCGCUCGGGGGAGAUGCACCAUCAACGCCAACUGGGUGCUACGGAAGAAGUCUUGACUGAUAACCACAUCGCCACAGCCAACACCGCCACCGCUUUGAACGGGGCCGCGCGGGAGUUGCCUGCUCAGGUUUCGGAGCCGUCACCUCUGCAACCCCAGUUGCACCCCCUGCUGCUGCUGGACGCCGCCUCCCUAGGGGAGGGGUGGACUCCGUCCCGGAGCCUGCUGUCGGCCCCGGGGGGGGAAGGCCCCUCCCUGGAGUCGCUUCCCUCCGUGCUAUCCCUGCAGCUGCCCGUACUCAGCCCCGGGGGGCCCUUGCUGGACCUCAACCUCAUCCGCCGGAUGUACGGCUUCGUGCCCGGGUCGCCAACACCCGGGUUCACCUCUCCACGGCCGUUGCCAAUGCCGGCGCCAGCGCACGUAAGUACUUCUGGCCGCCGCGGCCCCGAAACCACUCCUGCGGCAGCAACAGACGAGUUGAUGGAUGCGUCUGUGCAGCCUGACGGCCGAGACACCUUAUCGAGGCCCAUGAGCCAUGGAGCAGCGGAUAGCAGCGUGGUUCCGAUGGCUGCCUAUGGCGGCGGCGGCGAUGGCGCGGCGGCGGCGGCAGAGCGCAGCGGUUGCGGUCCGGGUAACAUGACCGCGAAUGGCGCCGGCGGCGGCAGCGGCGGCGGCGGCGGCAGCGUCGCCGCUGACUUGGCGGCGUUACUGGGCGGUACGGUUUGGCAGGACGGCUUUCCUACGACGGACGCUGCCACCACGGCCCCACCUCAGCGCCAGCCCAGCCUGCAGCUGCCGGCGCCCACGUCAGCUCCGCCGCCACCAUUGCAAAUUUCCAGAAUGCCCUCAAAUCGGGUGUUGUCCCUCCCCGCGGUGUUCUCUCUGCCUCAUCUGCCGUCGGACUGGUUCCGGUCCUCCGCCGGUCUCGCGUCCCCAGCGGCGCUGAUAGGGGCCCCCGGCGUCGCCGGCGACGCUGGUGACGUUGGAGCGCCCAGCGACGGCGGCGGUGUUAGUCUGUCGGGGCGGUUACGGAGCGGGCUGGAGUUUUCUAGUCUGUAUCUGAGCACCCUCUGCCUAACUGCAAUUGAGGGGCUGCUGGUGGAGGCACCGGCCCGUCGGGUUUAUGCCGUACAGGGUGCAGUACGGCAGCCGUCUCUGCAGCCAGAGAGAGGGACGACAUCCCUACGUGGAGAUGCUGCCGCCGCCGCCGCAGCGGCGACCCCCGGUCACACAGCUGCGCCAUCAGCCGCAAGACGGCCGAAGCUCGGCAGCUGUUUGCGGCACCCGGCCGCCGCCGCCGCCGCCGCCGCCGCCGCCGCCCCAGCGGCCCCAAAUGGCGCAGCCACAUCGCCGUCGGCUAACUUGGAGGCUGGGACAGGAGGAAGAGGAGUUCCUUUGGUACCCGGUACCGGCGAUGGCGACCGGGGCCCUGCAGCUGCAACUAUCAAAGACUCACCUGGCAAUGGGCUCGAACGGUCGUCGUACAUGCCGUACCAAGGCCUCCGCCAGCGGCGGAAAGCCCCCACCGAUGCAGACUCGGGAACUGAGGCUUCUGCCUGCAAGCGCCAGCGACGUCACGAUGUAACGCCUUCACGGCCACCACGGCCAUCGUUGCCGUCGGCGUUGGCAUUGGAGGCUGGGGCGGCGCCGCCGAUGGAGCCGCCCGGCGACAGCGCUGCCCCAGCGGCGACGGUAUCGGCUGGCCCCGUAGCGGCGGCAGCAGCGGCAGCUGCAGAAAUUACCACAACACGUGGAAAGGUAGCUGAUGAGGAUGCUGCUGUGGAUGCGUUGAUGCCUGGUGCUGCUGGAGCGGGUGAUAAGCCCGGGGCCACGGCGACAGCAGCAGGGGACGGAAACACCGACGCCGUCGUCAUGGUGACGAUGCCGUCCCUUGGUUCGCCGCUGCCAGCUUUUUUGCGUCUGCCCUCCCUCUUGCUCACAUCGCCCUCCGGAACCGGCGAUCUCCUGCCCUCUUUCUCCUCCAUCUUAAAUUCUCCGCAGCCGCAAACGGCGCUGCUUUCGGUAUCGCGGGGAGCAGACCGCGACGGCGGCAGCGACAGCGGCGCUGCCGCUGCCGCUGCCACUGCCCUGCCGCCGCCAUCAACACCGCCGGCGGAAGGCGUGACGACGGCAGCGGCGAGUAGCGAGAUAGCUAGGUCAGCCGAAGGGCUCCGGAACCAUUCCAGUGGCAGGACGCCUGCUGCGGGCGACGUGGGGGCACGGGAAGGUCAGGCUGGUGGGCCGCCGCCUACGACCCCCAGGGCGCCGCCGGCGGCGGGGACGGCGGCGGCGGCCGCAGAGGUUCCUCGUUUACUCGUAACAUGUCACGCGGCGGUAGUGCCACCCACGCCGUGCUAUCGAUAUCCAGACGGGCGCCUGGGUCCAGGAACUCUUCGGCUCAUGCCGGGGAUGUCGCCGGUGAUGGCUUCGCGUCCGCCCGUGCAGCCUCCGCAUCCGCCGCCUCCGCCGCCGCCUCUGCCAGCGCCGCAGCCUUCACAACCGCCGCCAUCACCCGCGUCACGUCCUUUGCCCAGACCUGACCAGAGCAAUGGGCUGCUGUACCGCCAGAACGGCGCUGAAGUACUGGAUACGGUCGUCGACCCCGUCGGGACCGGCGUCAGAAACAGCUGCACUACUGGCGGAGCACCAGUAGCGGCAGCAUCCGGGCAGCUACCGCGUCAAGCGACCGGGCCCCGCGGCACAGACCGGCGCGGCACAGGUGGCGGCGCCCCGAACCACCUCGGCGGAGUCGCCACGCUUCCUUCUGCCCGCGAAGGCAAAGACGAUCCAGAGGUGGAGGAGGAGGAGAUGGAGGAAGAGGAGGAGGAGGAGGGCGGUCUACAGGAUCACGCAGCCGGUCAGUUAGCGGGGUCCUGGCCGUUCGGGGGAGAAGCUGCGCUGCCGGCGGCGGCGGCGGUGGCGGCGGGGGGGGGGUUACCGAAGGGCGGCAAUGGCGGCGGUAGCCCCAACGAGGCUGUCUUCGGCGGCGCUCCAGGUGGUCUCUUUGACGGGGGCAGCAACAAAACAUGGCUCCCUGGACGGGGAUACGCGGGAAGCGGUGCGCCGGCGGCGGCGGUUCCGGCAGAAAUCGGUGCGGGUUACGGCACCGCUUUCCAAGCCAGGGCGGCUCGGCCGGAUUUCAGGGAUGGCCACAACCCGAGGGACGACGGUCCUUGGCAGGAAGCACAACUGGAAACGCGUACCAGUGCAGCCAGGCCGCUGCCACCAUCGGUGCUGUCGACGCCACUGGAUGCGGCUCCGGAACCACCGGUAUCGCCGCCAGGGUCGUUGCAGAAUCUACUACCUGUACGACGCAGGAGCUGCCGACUCCAGGAAAGGGCUGCAAGGGGGGUUGGCGGCGGGGUGCAGGGGCAACAACCUUGCGCGAAGCGCACAUGUACUGAAACGGUGCGCGCAGCGUGUGCUGCAACCGGCCCACGGGUCAGCGUGGAGCCAGCGGCGAGGGCGCAGGCGCGGCAGGGAAGCCGCAGCGUGACGGGGGACGGCGGAGAUGAGGUGUCAGCUGUAACGGGGGAGGGGGGUUUUCAGGGGGCAACGGCAGCGUCCGCCCUGAUAGCGGCGGCGGCCCUGGCGGCGGCGUUCGAGACGGGAUCCGAGGUGACGACGUCCAUCGAGCCGCGAGCGCCGCCAUCAGCGCCGCCGUCGCCGGCAUCGCCACGCCUCCUGGGAUCCCGGGAUGUGGAGGCGGGGGGGACCCCGGCGGCACCACCCCUCGCGGCGGCGGCGGCAGCGGCGGAGCUGUACAAAGCUGGCAGCGCGUCUUCGCCGGCUGGGCCUGUCAGCACAGCCACAUCCAAGGAAGGUGGAUAUGGAGCCGGACCGUCGGCUCCGCAUUUCAUCUCAGUCGCGCCAGUAGCAGCAGGGGCCAUGGGGCCCGGGGUCGCCGAGGCCAGGGAACCUGGGAGCACAGCGCCUGAGGAGCGACCCACGGGACGGCCACCAGCGAGCAUGAUCGAGGAUGCGAUGACGGCGCCGCGUCCGCUACCGCCGCUGGAGGGGAUGUCCGCUGUUACAGCUGGCGGCGCAGCGUUCAUGCCCAGGGCCAUGCUGCUGUCACCCGGGGGACGAUCACGAGGGGAGCCCCGUACGUACGGCAGCCCAUAUCGGGAGGCUGACGGCAGUCGCCCCGGCUGGGCCCAGCGGGCCAGGAGCCCGGAGCGCCAUGGCGGCCGCUCUGUGACGGGUACCGCCUGUAGUGCGAGCGACGAUGACCUGGUCGCUGCGGCAGCCUCAACAGACCCGCGGGUCGCAACUGAGCAGGACCUGAUGGCGGACGAGGCGCUCGAAGAAGCCAUCGGCGGCAAUGAUCACGUGGACGGCGGCAACGGCGGCAACGGUGACCGUGGUUGGAGUGGUGUGGGCAGCAUUGUACGGCGGCUCUUUGCGUCGCCGCUGGCGCCGGAGGAGCCGCCGGCGUCAUUGGCGUCUGUCAACCCUGUGGGACAGUCCGGGAGGCAAUCUUUAGAGAUUGUGGACCGCGACACCCGGGCGGUGGGAGUGCGAACACUGCCGCGGCCGCCGCGCCAGCCUGAGGCAGCGGCGAUGCCCACAUCCCAACAGCUGCAGACUGGAUUGUACGACAGGCGCGUGGCGACGGCGGCGGGGCCCUCGUGCCCUGUCGCCGCCAGCGCCGUAACAUGCCCGGCGGAGGCGGGGGAUGGAAAUGCCGCGAGCGGCAGAUGGCCGCGCCCGGCGUUGAGUUGGGAAGCGGCGGCGGCGGUCACGGCGCCGGUUCCCGCUGCCGCCGUCAGCGGUAACGGCGGUAGGCUUCCCGGUGAUGGCGGCGACAAGGGCGUUUACGCUAGGGACCGAGCUGACCUGUGCGACAACGGUGUAUGGCUGGCGAGAGGGUGCAGCACGGAGGGCUGCAAUGGUAUUCAGGUAGGACUAGGCUGA